AUGAGUGCGACUCCGUCGUACCGCAACUCGCCCCACAGCAGCGAUACACGAAAGCGCCAGUCGCGCCGUGAUGAGGCGAUUCGUAAACGCAUAGAAGCCGAGCUGAGCCGCAAGUCGGGCAAACCCUCGACGCCGCAGCAUGGACGGCGACGGAAUCCAAUUCAGGCCGGCACCGUGUCGGCCCUGCGCCCCCUGCCAGCCCUCACUGUGCCGCAUACCAUGAGCAUCACGGAUGCUAGUCAGCUUUGUGCAGCGAAGCGCACAGACUGCGUGUUGGUGGUAGACAAUGAAGAACACUUGGCAGGUAUCUUCACGGCCAAGGACCUCGCUUAUCGGAUUGUAGCCAGUGGUGUCGACGCGCGCAUGACCCCUGUGAGUGCCAUCAUGACGACUUCGCCUCUAGUCACACGCGAUACGACGUCAGCUACCGAGGCACUGAGCAUGAUGGUCUCCCGCGGCUUCCGCCAUCUGCCGGUAUGCAACGAGGACGGCGAUGUGGUGGGUCUGCUCGAUAUUGCCAAGGUAUUUUACGAAGCACUAGAAAAGCUAGAACGUGCCCAUGGAUCGUCGCAGAAGCUGUAUCAUGCCUUGGAAGGUGUGCAAAACGAGUGGGGCGGUGGUCCACAGCAGGCAAUGAUGCAGUACGUCCAAACGCUUCGUGAGCGGAUGAGCAUGCCGGACCUGUCAACGAUACUCGAUUCGCGUACCAUACCGUGCACGGUGGGCGUGCGUACGACUGUGCGUGACGCAGCUCGUCUCAUGAAGGAGCAUCGGACGACGGCGGUGUGUGUGAUGGAGAAUGCACCAAGUCCUCAAGGUGAACGAGGCAUCACAUCAGGCAAGAUUGCUGGUAUUUUCACAUCAAAGGACGUGGUGCUGCGUGUGAUUGCCGCUGGCCUGGACCCUGAACGCUGCAGCGUCGUACGAGUGAUGACGCCUCAUCCCGACACAGGAACGCCAUCGCUUUCGAUCCAGGAGGCGCUCCGCAAGAUGCACGAUGGCCGCUAUUUGAACCUGCCAGUGGUCGAUGUCGAUGGGCGUCUUGUGGGCGUUGUGGAUGUGCUCAAGUUGACGUAUGCCACGCUCGAACAAAUCAACAGCAUGAGCAAUGGUGAUGACAGCGAUGGUGGCCCCAUGUGGAAUCGCUUCUGGAACAGCUUUGGCCAGGGCGCAGGCAGUGCUUUCGGUGAAGAGUCUGCCAGCGGUGUGAGUAGCUCCCAGCGAAUGGGCACCGAUUCGCUCAUGUCACCGACAGGCGGCGCUGUGGAUAUCAGCUCGGAUGUGCACCCGAACGACAGUGCGAGUGGUGUGGGUGAGGGCGGUUCCGCAUUGGAUGUACCGGCAUCAUCAGAGACGGAUGAUGGUACAUAUCUAUUCAAAUUUGUGACGCCCAGUGGUCGUGUGCAUCGGUUCCAGGCACGCUACGACUCGUUCGAGACCAUCCAUGAAAUUGUAUUGAUCAAGUUAGCGGGAGACCCUUUCUUCUCCAGCGUGCCCGUUUCGCACAGCGCGCCUGCUGAACCCAUUCGGUCAGACGUGGACGACGAAGACCGCUUGCCGCUGCAUAUCUUCACACCCCCUAUGCCAUCGGCCCCUCAAGCGAAUCCACCUGAUGUAAAGGACUUUACACUUGCAUACAAGGAUGACGACGAUGAUCUCGUGCUGAUUACGACGGACAGCGAUGUCAUGGACUCGGUAAAAGUGGCACGUCACCAGUGCCGCGACCGUGUGCUGCUUGUUCUGCAAGGAGGAAGGACAUGGGACGAGGCUGUGGCAAAGCAAGGCGUGCACGGCGGUCACGCCACUGUUUCGUUUGCCACAGCGGCCAAUCGCCAGCGCCAGCGCGAUAUGGCUGAUGUUCAAGCGCGCAGUGUGCAGAGUUCCGAGGACAGGGAAAAAGGACAGGGCUCUCCGCCUACAGACGCUCUCUUUGGUAUCAUACCUCGUGAUAUGGCCCUUCCUGCCGCCAUUGGUUUCGCUAGUUUCGCUGGUGUUGUGGCCGCUUGUAUCGUCAAGUUUGGCCGCCCCUAA